AUGUAUGGAAGGACAAAUGUUCAUUCGGAGUAUGAUGAAAAUGACGACAAAAAACGACAACACCUCGGCUGCGUACAUGGCCGUCAGCCCGGCCAGCAGACAGAAGAAGAAAGUGCAUGGGCUCAGACUGAGAACCGCGAGCAUGCACCGCCCGAGCUUAUCGGCCAGGGCGGAUCCGGCCAUGGUCACCACAAGCUGUCAGGAGCAGAGGAUGACGUUCAUCUGGAGAUGUGUUGCGGAGGAGCCCGCGUCACUCUUCUUGAGCUCGAGGGCUUCAAAGUUCUCGAGGUCUUGUUCCUGCACUCCGCUGCCUUACGCAAACCAAUGCUGUCAGGAGAUGAUGUUGCGGUGAUAUUGAAGUUUGCAUUGGAAUAUGUCUCGGCCAUUCUCUGCGACUGCACCAUCCAGUCUGACAGAUCAACAUGGAUGAUGCAAAGCGAGUCAAUCCAGAUGUAG